AUGAAACUCUUACUUCUCUCUGCACUGGUGGCCGUCGCCCUCUCCCACCCUCUGGAAGUGUCCGAGGAAGAUCAUGCCCAAUGGGAACUGUUCAAGACAAACCUGCAGUUUGUACGAGAGCACAAUGAAAAGUUUGAAAAUGGCGAAGUUACUUUUGAUGUUGAAAUCAAUAAAUAUUCCGAUUUGACCACCGAGGAGUUCGUGACCAUGAUGAAUGGCUACAAGCGCCAGAGGGAUUUGAGAGGGAAUGAAGAUGCCUUCGACGACUCAGAGAACGUCAAGCUCCCUAAGAAAUUGGACUGGAGGAAGAAAGGAGCUGUCACUGAAGUCAAGAACCAAGGAUAUUGUGGAUCUUGCUGGGCUUUUAGUGCUACUGGAAGUCUCGAGGGUCAACACUACUUGAAGACUAAGAAGCUGGUGUCACUCAGUGAACAGAAUCUUAUAGACUGCUCAACUGCUGAAGGAAACAGUGGAUGUCGCGGUGGUCUCAUGAACAUGUCCUUCUCUUACGUGCAAAAGAACAAGGGCAUUGACACAGAGGCAUCAUACCCCUACGAGGCUAAAAAUGGCACUUGCCGCUACAACCCUAAGAACAAGGGAGCCACCGACAAUGGAUAUGUUGAAAUCACCUCAGGCAGCGAGAAGGCUCUGCAGAAGGCUGUGGCCACGAUUGGACCGAUUUCAGUCGCCAUUGACGCUAGCCACAUUUCUUUUACACACUACAAGAGUGGUAUCAUUGAUUUCCAGGAGUGUACAAAGAUCCCGACUGCUCUUCUUAUAUAUAUAGGUCACGCUGUUCUGGCUAUUGGAUACGGCUCAACCAAGAAGGGUGGCGACUACUGGCUAGUGAAGAACUCCUAUGGAAGUGACUGGGGCAUGAACGGCUACUUCAUGAUUGCCAGGAACCACAAUAACAUGUGCGGUAUUGCCACUGCCGCUAGCUAUCCCAAGAUACACGGGAUUCCAGAGGAGAAGACAGAGGAUGUUGUGAGUGUGGUGAAGGAGGUUGGAAAGGCGCUGGACAUGCCCAUCACGGACUCAAACCAACCUGCAGCCAUCAUCGCCAAGCCCCACCUUGAGUACUGCAGUACUGUCUGGUCACCUCAUCAAGAAUUCCUUAUUGACGACAUGGAACGUAUCCAGAGGAGAUUACUACAUCUGGUUGGACUGAAACUUGGGUUUGGAUACCGGGAUGCUCCGCUCAAUGGCAUUGCUGCUCUGCUCGGACUGAUGACUGUAAGUAUGAAAGUCUUACUUCUCUCUGCCCUGGUGGCCGUCGCCCUCUCCCAUCCUCUGGAAGUGUCCGAGGAAGAUCAUGCCCAAUGGGAACUGUUCAAGGUGGCCCACGAAAGAGAAUACGAUACACCAGAAGAAGAACUGAAAAGAAAGAAUAUUUUCCUGGAAAACCUGCAGUUUGUACGAGAGCACAAUGAAAAGUUUGAAAAUGGCGAAGUUACUUUUGAUGUUGAAAUCAAUAAAUAUUCCGAUUUGACCACCAAGGAAUUCGUGACCAUGAUGAAUGGCUACAAGCGCCCAGAGGGACACCAGAGGCCUGGAGAUGCCUUUGACGACUCAGAGAACGUCAGACUGCCUAAGAAUGUGGACUGGAGGAAGAAAGGAGCUGUCACUAAAGUCAAGAACCAAGGAUUUUGUGGAGCUUGUUGGGCUUUCAGUGCUACUGGAAGUCUCGAGGGUCAACAAUACCUGAAGUCUAAGAAGCUGGUGUCACUCAGUGAACAGAAUCUUGUGGACUGCUCAACUGCUGAAGGAAACAGUGGAUGUCACGGUGGUUUCAUGAACAGGGCGUUUUCUUACGUGCAAAAGAACAAUGGCAUUGACACAGAGGCAUCUUACCCCUACGAGGGUAACAGUGGCACUUGCCGCUACAACCCCAAGAACAAUGGAGCCACCGACAAUGGAUAUGUUAUAAUCACCUCAGGCAGCGAGAAGGCUCUGCAGAAGGCUGUGGCCACGAUUGGGCCGAUCUCAGUCGCCAUUGACGAUGAGGACGUUGCCUUUCAACACUACAAGAGUGGUAAGUUCAUACUGCAGGGCGACUGCUCUUCUAUAUAUCUAAACCACGCUGUUCUGGCUGUUGGCUACGGCUCAGCCAAGAACGGCGGUGACUACUGGCUGGUGAAGAACUCCUGGGGACGUAACUGGGGCAUGAACGGCUACAUCAUGAUGGCCAGGAACCAAAAUAACAUGUGCGGUAUCGCCACAAUGGCCAGCUAUCCCAAGGUUUAA